CUUCAAUUCGACACCGUGGGCACGACGGCGCAAUGCUGCGGUUGUUCUCGCGAUCCUUGCCGAUGCGGCGGCCGUCCUUCCUUCGCAAGCACAUGUCUUCUGCGUACACUCACGUAAGCGACAUGCCUGUCACGUCCCUUGCGAUCUCAAAGCCAACCAUGCGCGCGUUGACCGAAGUCAUGGGGUACAGCUUCCUCACCAAGGUGCAAGCGACUACGUUGCCUGUGAUUUUGGAAGGCAAGGACGUUCUUGCAAAGUCCAAAACGGGUACGGGCAAGACGAUGGCCUUCCUGAUCCCGACAAUCGAGACACUCGUGCACACGCAUCUCCACAAGAAGCAGAAGAACAAUAUCUCGGCCCUUAUUCUGUCGCCUUCCCGCGAGCUUGCGACUCAGAUUGAAGUCGAGGCCAAAAAGCUGUCGACGUUCCAUCCAAUCCACAUCGCAUGUAUCGUAGGCGGUGUGCCCAUGAGCAAGGACUUGCACCGCCUGCACCACCCCGACGGCAUCGAUCUCUUGGUGGCAACCCCUGGACGUCUGCAGGACCACCUAAACAGCGACAACGGCGAUUUGGUCAGACGUCUCGCGGGCAUUCGCAUUCUUGUGCUUGACGAAGCCGAUCGUCUCUUGGACAUGGGGUUUCGUCGCGACAUUGAAAAGCUUCUUCAAUUUCUCCCCGUGUCCAGGCGCCAGACCUUGCUAUUUUCUGCAACUCUUCCGACGUCGCUGGACCAGAUUCAGAAACUUGCACUCAAGACGAACCACGUCUUCAUUGACACGGUUGGUGACGACGAGGACCAAACACACGUGCACGUGAAGCAGAGCGUCGUGACAUGUCAAUUCAAGGAUCACAUCGCCGCCCUGGACAAACUUCUGGAUGCGCACAUUCAGAGCUCUCCCGAUGGGUACAAGAUCAUCGUGUUCUUCCCGACGGCGCGCGCGGCGGGAUUCAUGGCGCAGCUGUUUCUGCAUGCGGGGUACCCUGUCCUCGAAAUGCAUUCACGCAAGUCCCAAUCGCAUCGCACGAAGACUGCGGCCAACUUCCGCGCCAGAGACAAUCAAAUCCUGUUCUCGUCGGACGUUUCGGCCCGCGGUGUCGACUACCCCGGCGUGACGUUGGUUAUCCAAGUCGGUCUCACGGAGAAAGAGCAGUACAUCCAUCGACUGGGACGUACGGGGCGAGCAGGCAAAGACGGUGAAGGCGUCUUGUUGCUGUCGCCGUUUGAAACGCCGUUCUUGAACGAGCUCAACGACAUGCAGCUUGUCGAGACGACUGUGCCAAGAGGCAAGGCACCCCGAGUGGAAAACUCCAUGCGCCGUGUCCAGUCCAAUGCGGACCUGCGCAAAGCUGCAGAACAAGCGUAUCAAGCGUGGUUGGGCUACUACAACUCGAACUUGAGACGGUUGAACAUGAACAAGGAGCAGCUUGUAGACAUGGCCGAAGAGUACAGUCGCAUCGUCGGACUCAAAGAAGUACCGGCCCUGCAGAAGAGCAUCAUUUCCAAGAUGGGGUUGAAGGGCACUGGGCUCCGGGUCGCCGCCACAAGUGGCGGAGGUAGUGGUCACAGCGGAGGCCGAGGCGGCGGAUUCAGCGGAGGCCGAGGCGGCGGCAGUGUUAACAGUGGCGCUCGUGGUGGUGGAAGCAGCCGAACCCACCUGCAAUCAUAGUGCGUACACCAGUUGUGUCCGAAGCAUCCUCGUUAAUUUCCUGGUGAAUAUUGACGUACGACAAAUGGUGAAUUCUGCAA